CACCCUAGUCUUAUGAGGAUGACGUGAACACGUCGAAUUUGCACACAUGGUGCAGGGGACUGCCCGCCAUAAUUAUACAUCGCAGACUUGCAAGUAACAGAAUAGUCAGUAGGAGCGGAUGGUAGUUUUGACAAUGAGCAUCUGCAGUCUUGUCAAUCCUCUUUCUUUCUCCCGGGUCUGGCUUGCGCUAGCAAGUUCGUCAUUACUGUAUGAUGCACAUUACUAUGGCACAGUCUACAAAGUGAGACUAGACCGUUGCGGUACCGUAGGAAUUCAACGAACAAACCUGCAUGACCAUGCGACGGAGGUUAUCAUUGAUUCUGGGUGCAUUUUCAUCUUGAGCACCGUGCUUGACAUUUGUGGAUCAAGGGAUGAGGUGGUGGCAUGUCAACCGCACCUCCCGUUCACAAAUCUCACACUCCUUUGUGCGAGUUUCCGGAGGGGUGCACGAACUUCAAUAAAGCCGCGCAGCAUGUCGCAGACGAGUAUCUGAGACGAAUCUAGAUCAGUGGUCAGAUUAUAGGCCGCAAGC